AUGACACCUAUUGAAAAAGUAUGUGGAUUAGAGAUAGAUACAAAGUUAACAUUUGAAUUAAUAAGUAAGAUAUUAAGUUGUGGUUUCUCACGGAUCCCUGUAUUAGAUUAUACUAAUCCUCAAUGUAUUGUUGGUCUCCUCUAUGUUAAGGAUCUUGCUCUAUUUGAUCCUUAUGUUGAAGUGGAUGUUCGUACAUUAUUACAUUUAUUUGGUAGAAAUGUUUACGCGGUAGAUGAGGACACAGCCCUAUUAGAUCUACUUACUGCAUUUAAGAAAGGACAUACACAUCUAGCAGUAGUACGUCGUGUUGAGUGUGAAUCAUCUGGUGAUCCUUAUUAUAGACAUGUAGGUAUAAUAACAUUAGAGGAUAUCAUAGAAGAAAUAUUACAAGAUGAGAUACAUGAUGAAUUUGAUCAAGAUAAACUUAUUAGAGGUAAUGGUCAACACCAACAGCAGCAGCAGCAGCAGCAGCAAGGAGUGCAGCAGCAGCAGCAGCAACAAGGUUGUGGUGGUGGUGGUGGGGGAAUAGGGAAUGGUGUUGUAUCAAGAUUUAUUAGUAAAGGAGAAGAUAUACCUUUAUUAUAUACACCUUCUUCUUCUCCUCCUAUUCAUCGUAAUGAUGGUCCUGUUACAGGGAAUCAGGCAGCAGCAGCAGCAGCAGCAGAAACAGCAGCAGCAGGUUCUGCUGCUGUUGCUGCUGCUGGUGGUGGUGGUGGUACAGCAGCAGAUGGUGGUGAUUUGAACAACCCCACCGUAAUAAACACAUCAGAUAUUAAUUCAGUAAUAAUACAAAUGACGGGACAAAACAAACAACAGCAGCAGCAGCAGCAGCAACAGCAGCAGCAGCAGCGGCAGCAGCGUCGUAACAGCAGCAGCAACAACAAGAACAACAACAACAGGAAAGGAUUAAUAAAUAAUGAAUAUAAUAAUAUAAAUAAGGAUAGGGAAUUAUUAUUAAGUUGUGGUGUAUCUAAGGCUCUUGCUGCAGAUAGGAGACCAUUAAAGAUGGUCUCUCCUGUUAUUAAUCAUUAUCUACAUCCACAACAGACAGGAACAUUUGUAGAUGAGCAUACAAUAUUAAGAGGAAGAAUGAAAUUAAUUGAUCAGUAA